AUGGCGUCUAGUCGUAAGAAGAUACUACUCAAAGUCAUAAUACUCGGUGAUAGCGGUGUUGGGAAGACUUCGCUGAUGAAUCAGUAUGUUACUCAGCGUUUCAGUAACCAGUACAAAGCUACUAUUGGUGCUGAUUUCCUUACUAAAGAGACUAUGGUCGAUGAUCGUGUUGUUACUUUACAAAUUUGGGAUACAGCUGGACAAGAACGAUUCCAGUCCCUUGGUGUCGCAUUCUAUCGUGGCGCUGAUUGCUGUGUUCUGGUCUACGAUGUUACAAUGCCAAAUACUUUCAAAACUUUGGACUCCUGGCGAGAUGAGUUCUUGAUCCAGGCCAGUCCUCGGGAUCCUGAGAAUUUCCCAUUUAUCUUGAUUGGUAAUAAAAUCGAUCUUCCCAACAGGGCUAUAACGGAAAGACGAGCACAGCAAUGGUGUCAGGCAAAGGGAAACAUUCCUUACUUCGAAUGCAGUGCUAAGGAAACGACGAAUGUGAAACAGGCCUUCCAGGAAGUCGCUCGUGUUGCUCUCGCACAAGAAACCGAGCCUGAUACGGUGAAUGAUUGUCCCGAACAAAUUCAUCUUGGAGCUUCAAGAAACAAUCGCAGUAGCGACUGUGGCUAUAAAUACUGCCACUUUCAUAUCUCAAUAAAGACUCGACUGAUUGAUGCUCUCCGAUCUGACUUUCCCAGCAUAAACAUCCACCUUCACUUCUCGUUUAAUCGCUGUCACGUUUUUUUAUCGCCUGACAAGCUAAUGCGGGCCUCGCGUGUACGCGUUCAUCCCCAUGUAAAUAAUUAUGCAAUAAAUCGAUUCGACCAAUCUCAUGUCCUCCUCUUUGCCUGCGGCCUAAUGAGUGACAAAUCCGAGGUACAAACAAGGGACCAUAAGGAUCUGUGGGAGAAGCAGAAUUGUUUGAGCUGCAAGAUAUUCGGCUCAACGACGUGCCUAGCCAUGGCUGGAUACACAGCCUACUGGAGUCUGCGACAACAGGCUCAAUAUCGCGGCCUUACUCGUCUAACCUAUUCGGCCUCGUGCUUUGCACUUGCCUCAGGUUAG